UCACUCCUAAGCAGGCACAUCGAGAGAUGGGAAGAUAACGAAGCUGUCGAUCUCUCACCUACGUAAUUAGCUGCUCACCUGAGUGGACGUAGUUGUUUUGACAAGAAAUAAUAUUUGAUGUUCGUAUUAAUCUAGGAGGGAGUUUAACUUACUUAGCAACAACAAUGGAUGGAUACUCGUUCAUUGAGACGUUAAGCAUGCAACAACGCGAAGAUACAUUCACACUCAUACUUCAACAAGACAAGUGGACACUCACACUUUAGUAACAUUUGCUAAAUAUAACAAUACUAAAAGAGGGAGCGGGGAGAGCGAGAAUGCGUCUUUAUUUUCAACGUUUACAGAAUAAUCCGUGUAAACGAACUCAAUUAAAUUACACGUGGACAAAUACAUUUGUUUAAUUUUGAGACAUAAUUACACUUUCUUUUGGGCAUUACCUGUACGUACACCCACACUCACAGCACAGACGUACGUACAAACACGCAUUCGCUCGCGUUCAAACCCACGCGCAUUUACCCACGCAGACGCCAAAAAAACACCGGUUUACAUAGUUUGACUUAUAUGCUGACACAUACACCUGGAGACACUGCGAAUAUCACCAUAAACACAACAUACACAGAUUAAAUGAAAGAAAACGGUAACAUCACACAGACGUACAUGCAUACACUCCAGCAACAGCAACAGCAGCACCAUUCUCCAAGCCCACAACAUUCAUAGACAAUCAUCAACAGCCAUAUGAAUUGUAAUGAAACAACCGGACUAGCAGCAGUCAUGCUUUAACAGACUUCGACUCGACUCAACAGACUGCUGUAGAAGAACUAUACAGAUACUAAAACCUUAUAAGAGAUUGUAGAAUCAACCGAGAUAUCUGCAAGUCAGUGAGACGGUGUCUUUGACGAAUUACAGCCAAAGUGCAGUGCUGCAUCCUUUACUUGUCAGCCAACCACACCAGAUAACUGGAGUUGGCCUGACAUCAAAGAUUUUUAUUUUUAUUUUGGCCUCAGUAGAAUGGGAAAGAUCAACUAUUUUGACAUUAUCUUCCCCGAAGAAUGCAGUGUUUACCAUCCAGGAAAUAUAGUCAAUGGACACGUUCGAUUGGAGCUACUUGAAGAAAUUCGAGUGAAAGGUGUUUGGAUUCAAUUCUGGGGACGUGCGUAUUUCAAAGAAACUGACAGCAGUUCAUCCGACACUGGUUCAAAUUUUGGGGCUGAAGAUGCUACAGAAACAUAUUACUACUUCAAUAUGAAGCUCUAUGAAACGGGUUCUACUAUUCCUGAUGGCUUGACUCAGACAGAUGAAGAAUGGCAAUUAGAUGCUGGAACACAUACAUUCCCAUUUGAGUUUUUACUUCCAAAUGUACCAUCUUCUUUCCGAGGGAACCGCGGCUAUGUCAGCCAUUCAGCAAAAGCGAUAAUUAAACGGCCAGGAAAAUCUGACUUCCGGCUUGAAAAAGAUUUCAAUGUGAUAAAACCACUUGACCUCAAUACUCUUCCAAAAGCAAAUGAAAGUGUGAAAAACCAAAUUAUUAAACAGCCCAACAUAUUCUGCUGUCGUUCAGGACCGGUCACAGCCUUCCUUGGGGUUGACAAACUAGGUUACUCCCCAGGUGAACUAAUAGGAUUAAAUGUUGAGAUAUCAAACCAUUCAGAAAAAGAAGUACUUGGUUCCAAUGUAAAGUUAUACAUGCAUGUUUUGUACCAUGGAAAACUAACACAAGGAACUGAAGUUCAAACUUUGUCUUGUGUGAAUCAUCCUAGUAUUCCACCUGGUGAAACAGAUGUGUGGAGUGGUGAUACGAUGCUGGUACCUCCUUUGUCACCCUCAAAUCUGGAAGGUUGUAAUGUGAUUGACAUCAAAUACUUUUUAGUGCUGCAUGUUAAACUUGAAGAGCCACCAUUUGACCUGGAGGUCCCUUUAGAUAUAAUCAUUGGUUCUGUUCCUAUCAAAAUGAAGAGGACCCUUGCUAAGACGUGACCGAUCUGAAAGCACAGGAAGUGGAGUGACCAAUAGCAAAUAUCAUGCAGUUCCUUAAUACCAAAUUGGGAAUUUUCAACUAUACAUAAUCAUUCAAUAACAUACCCACAUACAAGUAUAUAUAUAUAUAUGUGUGUGUGUGUGUUUGUGUACAUGUAUGUGUGUGUGUGCAAUCACAUAUACAUAUACACACA